ACUUUUUUUUUCGUUUUUGUUUUAUUUCCUCAAAAGCAGAUUUGAUUCUGUUUGUAUGUCUUCCUUCUCUUUUGCAUUCCUUUGUUUUCUUCUCAUUGAUUAGAACAAAACAUUGGUUUUGAAAGAAUGGGAAGCGAAUCAAUGAGCCACUUGUCUCUUAAGAAAAAACUCAAAUCAAGGUUUUGCAUCGCCGGAUGUUUUCGUACGACCAAUCACCACCACCACAACAUCCCCGACGAUCUGCCAUCAUCCCCGAUGACUCCAGCCACCACCGAGAAAUCUACACAAAGCCCACAUGGUGGUGGAAUUAAGACCAAAUCACCAAGACUCACUAGGACGUUGUCCAAGUCACAUGAAAAGUGCAAGAGUCUGAUCCAUCGAAUGGGCGGUGGGGUUACCGGCGCUGGCGGCCACGGGAAGCAUAUUCGCCGCCAUACUGCUGACUUUCAUUAUGAUCCGUCGAGCUAUGCGCUUAACUUUGAUAAAGGAGAUGAGGAUGAAAAUAUCGACCGCUUUCCGCUCCGCAACUUCUCCGCUAGGCUGCCUCGUUCGCCGCCUUCUUCGGCCAAGGCCGCGACGGAGUCUUCGUACACGGUUCAAAACCUUUUGCGGUAAUUAAUGAUUGAAUCACAUUUUUCAAUCUAGCAAAAUAAUCUGAUAUUUUAGCAAUUGUAAAUACAAAAGUUGAUUUGAU